UAUUAUACCAAAUUACUUCAUAAACAUCAUAGCAAACUUAAUACAAUAAAAUACAUCGCAAAAACUAAGCAAAACCUAAUAAUUUCAAGUAAUCUACCGCGAUGUCGACAUUUUGCGACCCUUUCAAGAGACGAAAUGACACCAAACACACACACAGUGACACAAGAAGAAGAAGAGGAAGUGAGCAAGGGUGGAGAUAGGAAGUAUCUUUAUUUUUAUCAUUUUCUCCCACUUCUCCUUCUCCAUGUGGGCUCUGCGGGUCAUGGCAGGCCGGCCAGGCAGAGGGGGCGUGCAGGCAGCAGCGGCAGCGGUGGGGGUGGCCAGGAGGGGCAUGGCAGCAACACAGGCAGCAGAGGGGUACAAAUAUGAGACCCUGGCGGUGACGAAGCCGAGGAAACAUGUGUAUUUGGUGAAGAUUAACAGGCCGGAGAAGUUGAACGCCAUGAAUCUUGUCUUCUGGAGAGAGAUUGGCCAGUGUUUUGAUCAGCUGGGCGACGACACCUCCUGCCGGGCUGUGGUGCUGGGGGCGGAAGGGCGGGUGUUCACGGCCGGCAUUGACCUCAUGGACCUGGCAAGCAUAGGGGCCGCUGCAGAAGGGGGGGACGGGGCAGAUGUGGCCAGGCGCGGCAGAGUCAUUCACAAGGCAAUUCGAGAUUUCCAAAAUUCCUUCAGUGCAUUGGAACGGUGCCCCAAGCCGGUGGUGGCAGCCGUGCACAAUGCAUGCGUGGGUGGUGGUGUUGAUCUGGUGUGUGGUGCUGACAUCCGGUACUGCUCCUCAGAUGCCUGGUUUCAAGUCAAGGAGGUUGAUGUGGGCCUGGCAGCAGACGUGGGUACCCUCCAGAGGCUUCCGAAAGUGGUAGGGGGGCAGAGUCUGGCCAGGGAACUUGUGUUUACAGCACGAAAGAUGUUCUCAGCCGAAGCUCUGCAAUGUGGCUUCAUCUCCAGAAUAUUUGAGUCUAAGGAGAGACUGGAGGAGGGAGCCCUUGAGUUAGCAGCCACCAUCGCCAGCAAGUCUCCAGUGGCUGUGCAGACGUCCAAGAUCGCCCUCAUCCAUUCAAGAGACCAUAGUGUGGAGGAGGGGCUGGACUACAUGGCCAAACUGAACAUGCUGAUGCUACAGAGUGAAGAUGUUAGGAUAGCAGCUAUGGCAAUGAUGAGCAAGGGAGAGAACAAGGCUAUUUUCUCCAAACUGUAAAGAAUUCUGGUGCCUUGGAUGUGACCCAGCCUUCCCUUGCCUCACCCCAGUGCCAAGACAGGGUGAGGUAGGUAGGGGUGUGCUGCAAGGUGCUCAGUAAGGAUGUGACGACUCUGGCGGAGACUUUUGUGACACCUUGUUAUGUUUAGGGGUUUAAAAAGUAGUGUUUUGUGUUUAUCUACUAGGUUCAGAGAGAGAGAGAGAGAGAGAGAGAGAGAGAGAGAGAGGAGAGAGAGAGAGAGAGAGAGAGCCGAGUUAAGGGGGUGGCUUCAGUGCUGUGAGGAACCCUGAGGAACCCCACCUGGUCACUUCAAUGAUAGAAAAUGAGACUCAUUUAGAUUUGUAAAGAAAAUGGGAGACUAAAGAAAAUGAAGGACUGACUUAGAUAUAUAUUGUAAAGAGAUAAAGAAAAUGAGGUUAGAGAUUGAUGUAAGGAAUAAUUUAGAUUUGUAAAGAAAAUGGGAGACUAAAGAAAAUGAAGGACUGACUUAGAUAUAUUGUAAAGAGAUAAAGAAAAUGAGGUUAGAGAUUGAUGUAAGGAAAUUGAAGACUAAGUUAGGGAUUAUUGUAAAGAAAAUGGAAGACUUGAGAGUGUAAAGAAAAUUAAGGGCUAACUUAGGAAGAUUGUGAAGAAAAUUAGGUGACAUUGUAAACUUAGAUUAUUGUAAAGAAAAUGUAAACUUAGAGACUAUUGUAAAGAAAAUGGAAGACUUGAGAGAGAGUAAACAAAAUUAAGGGCUAACUUAGGAAGAUUGUGAAGAAAAUUAAACAAAGGGCUAACUUAGAAAGAUUGUGAAGGAAAUUAAUUAGUGACGUAAAGAAAACGGAAAUGUUAGACUAAGGAAAACGGAAGAUUACUUAGACAAGAAUUACAUAUAUUGUAAUUACUUAUUUUCACACAGUUUAUGCACACAGAUUAUAUAUAUUUAUGUACUGGUGUAAAGUAGAUUAGUAAUUUGUACAGGUAAUUAACACACAAACUGAAAGGGACCUAAUUAUGACCCUGUAUGUAAUUAAUAUAUGUAAUUUGACAAAACGAACAAAAAAUGAAAAGAAAAUGGGAAAAAAAUAUAUUAAUGGUUGGGG